AUUUCAUUAACCAUUCUCCCUCUCCUCUCUCUCUCUCUCUCUCUCCCUCCCUCCCUCCCUCCCAUCAAUGGCAGUCUCUGGAUCUCUUCUCUCAUCUAACGGAGUAAUAUCACCCUUCUUGAGGACUUCGAUUCCGAGCAGCAGUUGCAGAAGGCAGUUUUAUGUGAGAGCUAGUGGAUCAGACGGAGAGGGAAAAGUUGUACUCAGGAAAGAAAACAAUGGAUGGAAAAUUGAUUUCUCAGGAGAGAAGCCAGCUACUCCUUUGCUGGAUACGGUUAAUUAUCCCGCCCAUAUGAAGAACCUAUCAACUCAGGAUUUGGAGCAAUUGGCAGCAGAAUUGAGAGUUGACAUAGUUCAUUCUGUAUCAAAAACCGGGGGUCAUUUGAGUGCUAGUCUCGGUGUGGUAGAGUUGACUGUGGCUCUUCAUCAUGUAUUCAGUACUCCUGAGGACAAGAUCUUGUGGGAUGUUGGCCAUCAGGCGUACCCACAUAAAAUUCUCACUGGGAGGAGGUCGAGGAUGCAUACUUUGAGGCAGACCUCCGGUCUUGCAGGUUUCCCUAAAAGGGAUGAGAGUGAUCAUGAUGCCUUUGGUGCAGGCCAUAGCUCUACCAGCAUCUCUGCUGGUCUUGGAAUGGCGGUAGCUAGAGACUUACUAGGGAAGAAGAAUCAUGUGAUAUCGGUCAUUGGAGAUGGAGCAAUGACAGCUGGACAGGCUUAUGAGGCGAUGAACAAUGCGGGAUAUUUGGAUUCAAACCUUAUUGUCAUUUUGAAUGACAAUAAGCAAGUUUCUUUGCCAACUGCGACUCUCGAUGGUCCUGCCACUCCUGUAGGGGCUCUCAGCAGUGCUCUCACGAAACUUCAAGCCAGCACCAAGUUCAGAAAGCUUCGUGAAGCCGCAAAGAGUAUUACAAAACAAAUCGGGGGAACAACACAUGAGGUUGCUUCCAAGGUAGAUGAAUAUGCUAGAGGAAUGAUCAGUGCUUCUGGUGCUUGUUUGUUUGAGGAGCUUGGAUUAUAUUACAUCGGUCCCGUAGAUGGGCAUAAUGUUGAAGACUUGGUCACAAUUUUCAAGAAGGUAAAGGAAAUGCCCGCUCCUGGUCCUGUGCUUAUUCAUAUAGUCACAGAGAAAGGGAAAGGCUAUCCUCCUGCGGAGGGUGCUUCUGACAGAAUGCAUGGUGUUGUCAAGUUUGAUCCUGAGACUGGAAAACAAUUCAAAGCCAAAUCUCCCACACUUUCGUAUACCCAAUACUUUGCAGAGUCACUUAUCAAAGAGGCAGAGAUCGAUGAUAAGAUCAUUGCUAUCCAUGCCGCCAUGGGCGGUGGAACCGGACUUAACUAUUUUCAGAAGAAAUACCCUGACAGAUGCUUUGAUGUGGGGAUUGCUGAGCAGCACGCUGUCACUUUUGCAGCUGGUUUAGCUGCUGAGGGCCUGAAGCCUUUUUGUGCCAUCUAUUCAUCCUUCCUUCAACGAGGAUACGAUCAGGUGGUGCACGACGUUGAUCUGCAAAAGUUGCCCGUGAGGUUUGCACUGGAUCGAGCAGGGCUUGUCGGUGCUGACGGGCCAACGCACUGUGGUGCCUUCGACAUUACCUACAUGGCUUGCUUGCCUAACAUGAUUGUGAUGGCACCAUCGGAUGAAGCUGAGCUGAUGCACAUGGUUGCAACCGCUUCAGCUAUUGAUGAUAGACCUAGUUGUUUCAGAUUCCCUCGAGGAAAUGGAGUUGGAGUGACUCUGCCUCGUGACUACAAAGGAACUCCUCUUGAGAUUGGGAAGGGGAGAAUUCUGAUGGAAGGCGAGAGAGUUGCGAUUUUGGGAUAUGGUUCCAUAGUUCAGUCAUGUUUGAAGGCUGCAAAUUCUCUGAGGGAGCAUGGGAUAUAUAUCACUGUGGCUGAUGGUCGAUUCUGUAAACCACUCGACACAGCGCUCAUAAGACAACUAGCUAAUGAGCAUGAGAUACUUAUCACAGUUGAAGAAGGCUCUAUCGGAGGAUUUGGGUCUCAUGUAGCCCACUUCUUAAGCUUAAAUGGCCUUUUGGAUGGACAUCUUAAGUUGAGACCAAUGGUGCUUCCAGAUAGAUAUAUCGAUCAUGGAGCCCCUAAGGAUCAAAUCGAAGAGGCCGGACUUUCUUCAAAGCACAUUGCAGGGACAGUGCUCUCACUCUUGGGGAGACCGAAAGAAGCUUUGCAGCUACAGUGAAGGAACUCAUAGAGCCUGAUUCUGUAUGGAGAUCUCCUAUAGACACCUUUAUGUGCUCAUAUUGGAGUCUUUAGCUUACCCAACUCAUUGGCGUUUCUGUCAUUCUCUCAGACAGUAUGGUGGACACAGCAGGAUAUUUGGACUGCGGGUUGUGAAGGGAUCAAUGGAUCAUCUCCUGUUUGAGGCCUUGCCGCCUUGUACAUUAUCAAUAUUGUUUAUAGAUUUACAAAAUACGUAUUGAUAUUUGUAUUGAAUAGAAGGCCCAUAUACAGCUUGGCUUGAUCUCCUUAAGUUUGUUCUCUUCUCUGA